AUGAUAGCUUUGCUGCUGUUGGCGCUGGUCGCUCACUCCUUUGCUCUGCCUCUGCCGUCUGGGGACACAGACAACUGGCUUUUAGCAGAGAAAUACCUUCGUCGGUUCUAUGACCUUCCAGCAGGUCUCCAAGGUCGCCAAAGGUCAUCUGGUGCCUUUCGGGACAAGAUCAGGGAGAUGCAGAGCUUCUUUAAACUCAAGGUGACAGGAAAUCUGGAUGACAACACUCUGGACCUGAUGAAACAAGCCAGAUGUGGCGUCCCAGACAUCGGGGAGUACAACCACUUCCCUGGACACCUCAAAUGGCAAAAUAACAAUGUCACAUUCAGGAUAUUGAAUUAUACACCAGAUCUGAAGAAAUCAGAUGUUGACAGAGCCAUCCGCAAUGCGCUGAAUGUUUGGGCCGAUGUCACCCCCCUGACCUUUAAGAAGCUGUAUAAGGGCAACGCUGACAUUAUGAUCAGUUUUGGAUCAAAAGAGCAUGGAGACUAUAACCCUUUUGACGGGCCUAAUGGAUUGCUGGCUCACGCCUACCCACCCGGCCAAGGCAUUGGAGGAGAUACUCACUUUGAUGAGGAUGAAGACUGGACCAAAGAUUCAUCAGCUUACAACCUAUUCAUAGUGGCAGCCCAUGAGCUGGGCCAUGCCCUCGGUAUGUCCCAUUCCUCAGAUGCGGGCGCCUUGAUGUACCCCGUCUACUCAUACUCUACAGGCUACCCGCUGUCUGAAGAUGACAUUGAAGGCAUUCAAGCUCUAUACGGCCCAAACCCAAACCAAAAGAGAGUACAGCCAAAGCCUGACGCACCUGACAAAUGUGACCCCAUGUUGAGUUUUGAUGCUGUCACAGAGCUCAGAGGAGAGACCAUCAUCUUCAAAGACAGAUUCUACUGGCGUAUUCAUCCUCAGAUGCCGGAGCCUGAGCAGACACUGAUCAAGUCCACAUGGCCCUCCAUCCCCAACAAGGUGGACGCAGCAUACGAGAACCCAGAGAAGGAUCUAGUCAUCAUAUUUAGCGGUAUCCGAAUGUGGGCUUUGAAUGGAUAUAACCUUGUUGACGGUUACCCAAAGUACAUACACAAACUUGGACUUCCCAAGAAAAUAAGGAAAGUAGAUGCUGCCGUGCACAUCGGAGACACUGGGAAAACUCUACUCUUCACUGAUGAGGACUAUUGGAGCUACGAUGAAGCAACAGGCACCAUGGACAGCGGCUACCCACGAUCCAUCGAGGAAAACUUUCCUGGGAUGGAUGAUGAAGUCGAUGCUGCUGCUUAUCACUACGGAUACUUGUAUUUCUUCCAUGAACAAUUGCGGUACGAAUACAGUUACACCUCGAAGAAGGUCAUCCGCAUCCAGAGGACCAACUCCAUUCUCAACUGCUGAUGAGGGGGUCUGCAACUGUCAGCAUAGACGUAACAAUAUAUGUGGCUGCAAAACUCACAACACAUCUUCACAAUACACAAAAUAUACACAAACACACGUGUUAGAAAUGAGACAUAGGAAGUUGCAGCUCACUGACGGAGCAAAUGAAGACCUGGUACAAUUAAACCAGUGUUUGUUUG